AUAUUUUCAUCUAAUGUAUCGUUAAAAUCUUCUUUCUGCUUCUGCAGAGGCCUUCGGGCCACAGCAAAGAUUACGUACCAGGCAGUGCUGCUGGAAAACGUGGGGGUGACGCUGACCCUAUGGUCCACGUGUGGCCUUUCACGGGGUGGCCUUUACGGCGAAUGGCAGGGGGUCAUCUGCACCGGAGAAAACAGCUCCAGAGUUCAGAAGUACCUCCAGCAGCUGUGGGACGCCAUCUUGCUCAUCGCCUUCAUCCUCUGCACUGGCGUCAUCAUGCAAGCCCAGCGACAGUCCCGGCAAAGCCAGCUGGAGCAAGACUCAGAGCCGGACCUCAAGCAGCACGUGGCGCGGAGGCUGUCGGCGCUGAAAACCCGCCGUUAUCACCCUGGGAAGGCGCCUCGGAGCUGGGCACAUGAGAUCGACAGCUGCGCCAUCUGCUUGGACCAGUUCCACAAGAACCAGUGUCUCAGGGUGCUGCCCUGUUUGCACGAAUUUCACCGCGACUGCGUGGAUCCGUGGCUCCUCCUGCAGCAGACUUGCCCUCUUUGCAAACGCAACAUCCUUGGAAACUUCCAAGACAGCUAGCGAGAGGCCGGCCUGGACCUUGAAAGUGGGCGGUGGGUCAAUCAUGCCCCCGACCGAGAGGACCCUUGCCCUUCCAUGGACUUUGGCCACCUUGGCAAAGCCACCGUUGCUGCCUCGCCGCAACAACCUGUGUGAGUGUGUCCUAUGUGCGUCUCUCUCCCUCUCUUCAUGUUUUUGGGUCCGCUUGUGCAUCUCUAGACUGGACGAUAUCUGCCAGGAUGCCUGGGUGGCUCAGCUGACCGCUCGGACCUUCGCUACGGUGGCUUGUGCAGCCAGGUUCGACAGCUAGGUAGGGAUAGGAUUGGGGGGAGGACGCUGAUUUAUACUAACUUAUUAGGGGAAAUUGGGGAGCGCAGGGGCCGGAGACAGCUUCGGACCGCCUUUGAUAAAACCGUGGCGCGGUCUCCUUAUCAUCAGGGUGCAUAAAGCCGCCUGUACUAAUAAAGAAACCCAGAGAGA